AAAACCAUGUGAAACUGGAAGUCGUGUAUGUUCCUAUCAAAGAAUUCAUGUCUUGGACGCCACUCCUUAUCCAAAGCACAUAAAAUGAUGUUAUGUGUGGUCGAGGAAGAACAACUCUCACUGAACAACGAAUGGAGGCUGCUUUACUUAUCUGUUGUUGUGUUGUUUUCAUUUCAUGGGUUUUUACUGUGAAAGUAGGGUAUGCAAUUUGGUGGAGACCAAGAGUUCUUGGAAAGCAGUUGGAGAAGCAAGGGAUUAGGGGACCUCCUUACAAGCUCCUGUAUGGAAAUGUCAAGGAAAUCAAUAAGCUUAACCAAGAAGCCAUUUCCAAGCCCAUGGGCCAUUCGCAUCAGAUUGUCCCUAGGAUCUUCCCCUUUUUUCUUGAAACGGUUCAAAAUUAUGGAAAGAUAUGCGUGACAUGGUUUGGGGAGACACCAAGAGUGAUAAUAAUGGACACAGAGCUCAUCAAGGACAUACUCUCCGACAAGUUUGGUCACUUCGCUAAACCACCUGUAAAUCCACUAGUAAUACUACUGGCACAGGGCCUUGCGCUUGCGGAAGGGGAGAAAUGGGCGAGACAACGAAGGAUCAUUAAUCCAGCUUUUCACAUGGAGAAACUCAAGGGUAUGCUACCAGAGUUUGCUCGAUGUUGCAAGGAGAUGGUAGAGAGAUGGGAGAAGCUAGUGGGAGAGGACGGUAAUUUUGAAAUUGAUGUCUUACCGGAGUUGCAAAAUCUUACCGUGGACGUCAUUUCUCGGACUGCAUUUGGAAGCAGCUUCGAAGAAGGGAAGCGCAUCUUUGAACUUCAACAAGAGCAGGCUGAUCUAUGCAUCCAAGCUGUUCGUAUAAUUUAUAUUCCUGGAUUCAGGUUUGUGCCCACAGAAAAAAACAUGCGAAGAAAGAAGAUACACAAAAAGGUUAGGGGCAUCAUCCAAGAACUCAUCCAAAAGAAAGAGACGGAAAUCAAAAGUGGGACUCUUUAUAACCAUGACUUGCUGGGAUUAUUAUUAGAAUCAAACAACACCAAUGAUAACAAAAGUAAACUGACACUGGAUGAUGUUAUAGAGGAGUGUAAACUCUUCUACUUUGCUGGACAAGAGACCACAUCUACACUAUUGACUUGGACAAUGGUGGUGUUGUCGAUGCAUCCCACGUGGCAGCAGAGGGCGAGAGAUGAGGUUAUGCAAGUCAUUGGAUCACAAUACACUUAUUUGCCAACACUUGAACAAUUGUCUCACCUUAAAAUUGUAAACAUGAUCCUGAAUGAGGUUCUCAGGCUUUACCCACCAGGGCCCCUUCUUCUCCGGCAAACCUACAAAAGGAUAAGUCUUCGAGGCAUAGAUUUCCCUGCUGGUGUUGAGCUCGCCCUACCUGUAAUCAUGAUCCACCAUGACAGAGAACUUUGGGGCGAUGAUGCAGAUGAGUUCCAACCUACCCGGUUCUCCGACGGAGUUUCAAAAGCAUCUAAACACCCAUUUGCUUUCUUCCCCUUUGGAGGGGGACCUAGAAUCUGCAUUGGACAAAACUUUGCCUUAAUCGAGGCCAAGAUGGUUCUCGCCAUGGUGCUGAUGAAAUUCUCUUUCCAUCUAUCACCAUUAUAUACACACGCCCCAUGCCAGCAGCUUACUUUACAACCACAACAUGGAGCUCCCAUCAUAUUACAUAAACUCUGAGUUUAUGUCACAUACUAGCCAUGCAUAAUUUUCAUAUGUUAAGUUUAUGAUUCCCCUUUUUUAAUGGUGUGAUUGAGGAACCGGCCUCCCAUUUUUCAGCUUUAGACAAAUCAAGUUCUAAGUGUGUUUUAAUUAGAGAUUCAAGUGAUAUAACUAUUUAAUUAGAGAUUCAAGUGAUAUAACUAUGUAUUAAUAUCGUAACUUGUGAUGAGUAACGUUUUCAGGGAGAAAUAAAAUCAAAGGGUCAUGUGAUCCAUCGCAUAUUGACUUGA